GAAUCGCGGACCAUGGGGGUCAGGUGGAACCACUUCAAGUUACUGCUGCUCUGGCUAACAGUCUUGGCUGUCUUGGCCUUGGAAGUGGAGGCCAGGAAGCGCGUUAAGAUUGGAUUGCACAAGAAUCCUGAGCCAAUUGAGGAGAACAUUAUGAACGAACUGAAGACCCUGUCCAUCAAACACAAGUUGAAGGCUGGCGAUUCAAAAGCUACCACGAAACAGGAUACGAAGGAUCCAGGAUCAAAAGUCGCCACACUGUCCAAUAUGUACAACACGGAGUACUACACCACAUUAGAGUUCGGAAAUCCGCCUCAGGCUAUGAAGGUGCUGAUCGACACGGGUUCGGCGAAUCUCUGGGUGCUUUCAUCCAAGUGUCCAGACUCGGUGGCACCCUGCGCCAAUCGCAUCAAGUACAACUCAAGUGCUUCCACAACCUACAAGGCUAUCAAUGCCCCAUUCAAUAUCGAAUAUGGCUCCAAUUCAGAGGAUGGACCCAUAGCACUGUCCGGUUUUCAGUCGCAGGACAUGGUGAACUUCGCCGGAUACUCUAUUAAAAAUCAGGUCUUCGCCGAAAUCACCGAUGCUCCAGAGAGCGCCUUUCUGAAGUCCGAGUUCAUAGGAAUUAUGGGAUUCGGGUUCUCCAGCAUAGCCAUUGGUGGUAUCACCCCACCCUUCUACAACUUAGUGGACCAAGGCCUCGUAAGCCGACCUGUGUUUUCCAUCUACCUGAAUAGAAAUGGCACAGAUGCCAUUCACGGCGGCGAGCUGAUCCUGGGAGGAACCGACUCGGGUCUGUACAGUGGCUGUUUGACCUAUGUGCCCGUGUCGGUCGCAGGAUACUGGCAGUUUACCAUGACAAGUGCCAUGGUGAGUGGCUUUCAGUUUUGCGAGGACUGCGAGGCCAUACUCGAUGUGGGCACUUCGCUGAUUGUUGUGCCUGAGCAAGUCCUAGGUACCAUCAACCAAAUAUUGGGAGUUCUCAACCCGACGGCUGCGAACGGCGUCUUCCGAGUGGAUUGCUCCACGAUCAGCGAGCUUCCUGACAUAGUCUUCACCAUUGCCCGGCGGCAAUUCCCCUUGAAGUCCAGCGAUUAUGUGCUCCGAUAUGGAGGCACUUGUGUCUCGGGAUUCACCUUCAUGAAUGGCAACUCCUUGCUGAUUCUGGGCGAGAUCUUCCUGGGCAAAUACUACACAGCCUACGAUUCUGUCAACAAACUCAUUGCACUGGCACCUGCAGUUCACUAGGUCAUUCAAUCUAUCUAUUCAAAUAUGUUCUUUAACAAGUUUAUUCUUUGUACUACUACUAACCACAUUAAUAAAGUA